AUGCGAGUUCUUCUACAGCCAGAAACAGAGCAGGAUGAGGAAUUUAAACAAGUCAAGGAACAACUUCGAAUAUGGAUGAAAGAAACAGUCCGUCGUUGGCGCCAACGAAUGGCAAUUGCGGGAGAAAGUUUAGCUCUUGAAUAUCUGCGAAGUGUUGUUGAGGAGGCAAUCUUGCAAUAUGAUGGGAUCUAG